AUGUGUUGCUUCCAUCAAGCAGUAUCGCUGCAGGGACCCAGAGGCCAUUCUGGAAUGCUUGAAAAACCACCCCCUUUUCCCCAAAGCAGAGAUCUGCAUUGCAAACAGGCUGCCUGACCUGCAGGACUCCAAGCCCGAAGCACCCUAUUCUUGGGCGGCGAUGGCUGCCAUUGUGCUUCUCUCUGGAAGUGUCCGCAACAUCCAAGAACUGGUGGCUUGUCUCAGGAGACCCAGCUCUGCCUUGUCCUCCAUGGAUAUCAUGGAGGCACUCUACUGCAUGGGGACCCUGCUCUACGCCAUGCGGGAGAGCGACAUCCGUGUCAGUAACAGGACUCACUAUAAUAUUUUCUACUGCCUUUUUCUCUUGGAAAAUUCAAACGGUGCCCCUGUUCUCGCUGAGCCAGAAACAGCCAGUCCCAGCGACGGAAGAGGCUUUCAGAACAGGUACUGACUUACUAAUAAUGUACGUCAAAAGAAG